UUGCAUUGUACACAUUGCAUUCGGUUCGUCGUAUGGGUAAUUCGAUAUUUUUUUUUUUGACAUAAAUUAGUUGAAAGUGUGACGAUGACAAUACAACUAUCAAAAUAUUCAUAGUUUUUAUUUCUCCUCAAAUACAAUUUACACGGUUUUUACCGCUAUGGUGACCACUACGAGACAAAACAUACCCCUGGGCAAAAUUUUGAGCAGAAAAAAAAAUUACACGGCCCAAGACGAACCCGGCCCGGAAAAGCUCAAGCGAGUGUUGAAUUUGUUCGACUUAACCCUGUUGGCCUCUGGCGGCACUCUGGGGGCUGGAGUUUAUAUACUGGCCGGAGUCGUUGGAAAAACCCACGCUGGCCCCGCGGUAGUGUUGUCUUUUGUGUUGGCAGCCGCGGUGUCGUCGUUUGCAGGUCUUUGCUAUGCCGAAUUCGCCAGCCGUGUGCCCAAAUCAGGAUCAGCUUACAUAUACACUUAUGUAGCUGUCGGCGAAUUCCCCGCGUUCAUCAUCGGCUGGAAUUUGAUCCUCGAACACGUUAUAGGAGUCGCAUCUAUCGGCAAGGCUACAAGCAAUUACUUUGAUUUCUUGUUGGGAUACCCUCAGAAGAAUUUCAUGGUCGAACACUUUCCGAUACAUAUAAGUUUUUUAGGAGAAUAUCCCGAUGUCGCGUCGUUGGUAUUCAUUUUACUGGUGACGGGUGUGGUGGCUUGGGGUGUUCGCGAGUCGACGGCCAUCAACAAUAUUUUCACCACUUUAAAUUUUCUGACUAUUGUCUCGGUGGUCGUUACCGGAUGGUUUUAUGUCGACAUAUAUAAUUGGAAUAUACCGAAAUCGGCUAUUCCCGCGGGAGUCAACGGCGGCGAAGGAGGGUUUCUUCCCUUCGGUUGGUCUGGAAUGAUCGCUGGAGCAGCCAAAUGUUUAUACGGCUUUAUCGGUUUCGAUACUAUUACUACUAUCGGCGAUGAAACGAAAAAUCCUAAACGAACAAUUCCGUUGGCAAUAGUCAUUUCCCUUGCGUGUAUUACCACGGUUUACUGUGCCGUGGCCGUAGUCAUGACGAUGAUGUGGCCGUACUACGAUCAGGACCCCUUCGCUCCGCUGCCGGCUAUUUACGAACACUUGGGAGUACCGUAUAUCCAAUACAUGGUCACCGUGGGCGCCAUAUCCGCACUCGCAACAACUUUAAUAGGUGCCAUUUUUCCUCUGCCCCGAAUUUUGUACGCCAUGGCCAGCGAUGGACUUCUGUUCAAGGUGUUGUCCACAGUCAACAGCUACACCAAAACCCCACUCGUAUCCACCAUGUUGUGUGGAACUGUAUCUGGACUCAUGUCAAGCAUAUUCAAUCUGGACCAACUCAUCGCCAUGGCGUCUAUUGGAACAUUUCAGGCGUACACGGUUGUCUGCAUAUGUGUACUCUUGUUAAGGUAUGAGACUGACAACAAAACCACGGAGGCCGUGGAAACGUCCAAGAAAAAAGAAUGUUCUAAAUGGUACACGGUGUUCAAUGAAAAAAUUCCGAACAGAUACACUCAAUCUCUGUCGGUAUCUUUGACUUUCGUAUACGUUGGGGCAGCGACAGUGUUCUCGAUUUGCCUGGUGAACUUGCAAUAUUGCGAAAGCGAAAUUAUUUGCUGCGCUCUAAUCUUUUUGUGUGUGGUGUCUGCUGCGUUCAUAAUAGUUCCAAUGGUUAUGUUGUACAGGCUACCGCAAAUGACGGACAACAUACCGUUUAAGGUACCAUUUGUUCCGGUCAUACCUUGUGUGAGCAUUUUACUAAACAUCUACAUGAUGAUGGCAUUAGAUUAUAUAACUUGGAUACGGUUCUUGGUGUGGAUUGUUUUAGGGUUGGUGAUAUACUUUUUCUACGGCAUCAACAAUAGCUUGGAGGCCAAAAGAAGAAAACCACACACCGACCAACAGCUGCAAACAUCGUUAAAUUAGUUUAUCAAUUAAGCCAAAAUUAUGUACUACGAUAUGAUAAAUAAUUUAGCGCAUAUUAAAAGUAUAUUUUGUUAUUAAUUGA